AUGGCUGCACCUCUCCAGAUACGCCUUGCGUCUCUUGACAGUGAUGACCCAUGGAUUGUGGAGCAGAAAUAUUUCAUGAUCCUAAAUGACUGCUUGCAACCAGCCAGCAAGAUUUCAGCUGCCAAAGCCGCGGCUGGAAUUAAUGAACUCACUCCGAUGAGCCGCGAGGCAAAAGGCGAAGAGGCGGAACACCCAGAAAGCUGGUGUUUGGAAUUUUGGGGAACAUUCAGCGAGAUUGUGAAGCAAAUCUCGUAUGACCAUCCAGCACAAGAUAAAAUGGUUGAGAUCAUGAAAGAGCUGAAAGCCUUGCCGGGAGUGGAAGUCACGUUUUACGAAACGGCACGACCGCGAAUUUGGACAGAUCUUCCUUGUUUAAUGGAAGUAUGGAGCGAGGCUUAUAUCACCCCUAGCCCAAAGGGUGAUGCUUCUGAGUUUGCUAAAUGGGUAAAUUGGCAUGCAUUUUCAGCCCGCGUACUUCAGGCUGGCUUAGCAGAUUGGUUUCAUUUGACGACUUUGUGCUUCCAUGAUGCGCUCGAAGAGGAGCAUAUUGAAGCAAAGGAAUUCUUGGAUUGUCGAAUCCGCGCUUCCGCGCAGUGGAUCGAACAUUCCAGAGACAUAAUAUUUCAUUCUCUUGACAAAUUACCCAACUUGAGGUAUUUGAAACCUGGCCCUCUAUAUUUCGGCAAAGAGGGUCUGUCCCGUGAGAGAUGGGAAUUCUGGGAAGCAAGAUUCCGUGACCUGGCAGAAAACGGGAUAUUUGCAGAGGAAACUGCUUUCAUCUGUGGUAGGGCUGCACGGCAGAUGGCCGCAAUGGCUGCAAUCAACGGUGUCAGUGAUGAGCAGGAGUUUGAAGAGACAGCAACAUUGGAAGAGUCACAUUAA